CCUCCUCACUUCCUCUCUAGGAGCUAGUGGAGUAAAGCUACGCCCAGGCCCGCGUCUGCCCGCGCAGGAACUUCAGCACCCUAGGAGUGGACAGCGCCCGCUGCACCUGCUCACCUGAACUGGGAGCAUCCUCUCCAACCAGGCACAACUACUGGCCGCCCAGCUUCAUCUCCCUCCGGGCGCUCAGGCUCCUUCCUGUCCUUGCCAGCGUCUUACUCCCCUUCUCAUUCAUAACAAAAGCUACAGCUCAGGGGCCCAGGGCCAGGCUCUUCCCAGCAGAGAGCAGAGGAGCAAGGAAGAAUGGGGUUUCUUUGGACCGGAUCUUGGAUACUAGUGUUGGUGCUUAAUAGCGGCCCAAUUCAAGCUUUCCCCAAACCCGAAGUCAGCCAAGACAAAUCUCUGCAUAAUAGAGAAUUAAGUGCAGAAAGACCUUUGAAUGAACAGAUUGCUGAGGCAGAGGCAGACAAGAUUAAAAAGACAUACCCUCCAGAAAGCAAGCAAAAUGAGAGCAAUUAUUCUUCUAUCGAUAACUUGAACCUGCUAAGGGCAAUAACAGAAAAGGAAAAACUUGAGGAAGAAAAACAAUCCAUAAGAAGCUCCCCAUUUGGCAACAAGUUGAAUGUGGAAGAUGUUGACUCAACUAAAAAUCGAAAACUGAAUGAUGAGUAUGAUUCUACAAAGAGUGGGCUGGACUAUAAAUUUCAAGAUGACCCAGAUGGCCUUCAUCAACUGGAUGGAACUCCCUUAACUGCUGAAGACAUUGUCCACAAAAUUGCUACCAGGAUUUAUGAGGAGAACGACAGAGGAGUAUUUGAUAAGAUUGUUUCUAAACUGCUGAAUCUUGGCCUAAUCACUGAAAGUCAGGCACAUACUCUAGAAGAUGAAGUAGCAGAGGCAUUACAAAAAUUGAUUUCAAAAGAAGCCAACAAUUAUGAGGAAGCCCUGGAUAAGCCCACAAGCGGGACUGAGUAUCAGGCUGGAAAAAUACCAGAGAAAGUGAUUCCUGUGGCAGCAAUUCAAGAUGGCUUUACUAACAGAGAAAAUGAUGAAACGGUAUCUAACACCUUGACCUUGUCGAACGGCUUGGAAAGGAGAACUAACCCCCACAGUGAAGAUGACUUUGAGGAACUCCAGUAUUUCCCCAACUUCUAUGCACUACUGACAAGCAUAGAUUCAGGUACAUUGUCAAACACAAAGCAUCAAGAGAAAAUCCUGCCAAAAUCAGAAAAAGAAGCAAAAGAGAAAGAAACCCUGAUCACUAUCAUGAAGACACUGAUUGAUUUUGUGAAAAUGAUGGUUAAAUAUGGCACAAUAUCUCCAGAAGAAGGAGUUUCCUACCUUGAAAACUUGGAUGAAGCAAUUGCUCUGCAGACCAAGAACAAGCUAGAAAACAAUUCUACUGACAGCAAAAGCAAGCUUUAUCCAGUGCCGUCAGAGAAGAGUCACGAAGAAACAGACAGCACCAAGCAAGAAGCCGCCAAGAUGGAAAAGGAAUAUGGAACCCUGAAGGAUUCGACAAAAGAUGAUAAUUCCAACCUAGGAGGAAAGACAGAUGGAGCCAAAGGGAAAACAGAAGCCUAUUUGGAAGCCAUUAGGAAAAACAUCGAAUGGUUGAAGAAACACAACAAGAAAGGAAACAAAGAAGAUUAUGACCUUUCAAAGAUGAGGGACUUUAUCAACCAGCAAGCUGAUGCAUAUGUGGAGAAAGGCAUCCUCGACAAGGAAGAAGCCAAGGCUAUCAAGCGCAUCUACAGCAGCCUGUGAAAACUGCAGGCAGCCUGAGCCGCUCAACUGUUCCAGCAAAAACAGCAUAGCUUAAAAACUAAUUCGGCAGUUAAAGAUUUACCGGCCCAGGAGUAUUAGAAUGUGCUGAAUUUAUAGUAGUUAACCCCUUAGAAAUGGGUAAAAUAGAGCUCUCUUGCCAUAAAUACGUUAUGAAAAGUAAAGUGUAUGUCAGCUGAGGUUUUUGUAUAUAGAAUCUGUAUUUCCUCUUGGAUUACACUUUAUCAUCAGAGAUGUGCUGCUCUGGAAAAGCCUCUAACGGGUUGAACAUAAAUUUGAACCUUCCUCCACUGUCUUAAGCUUCCUGAAGAUCUGAGAAGCCCUGUUUGAAGGCAUGCUGGGUACCUAGUGCCUCGAUUGUUUGCUACAUGAUGUUCCCACUAGCAGCUCUCUGUUGGGCAGUGAAAUAAACCCACAUUUCUUCACA